GCGCAGCACUUAUAUUAUCCUCUCUCUCUUUCUCUCUCUCUCUCUUAGCUUCUGGCAAUGGCAACAACUACACUCAGAAUUGCAGCAUUUCGUGCGCCUCCGGCUCAACUAGACCUGAACUCAUCGAAAUCUUCAAAGUUUUUUCAUAUCUCCUUCACUCGGAGUUCAAUUCAUGUACAGAGACGUGUACGCAGCUCUUUCUCUUACAAUUCGACUCACAGGCCGUCCCCCCGUCGCUCUCCUAACUAUUUGAACUUCGCGUCAUACAAUGACUCCACCGAGACAGAGACCAAGCCCGAGGGGACAGAGGAUGCCCUAGAAUCCGAGAUUCUGGAAAAUCCAAUUGAUGAAGUUGAUGUGAUAGAUGGUGAAAACGGGGUUGCAGAGGAAGCUACAUCAGCCAUAUUUAGUUUGCUAAGGUCAUACAAGGAAGCUAUAUGGAGUAAUGAUGAAUCCACCAUCACCGAAAUAGAAGGGUUUCUGAAGUCCAUAGAGGAUGAAAAAGUUGAUUUAGAAAAGAAGGUGGCUGCUUUGUCUGAGGAACUAUCUUAUGAGAAGGAUCGUAUUCUAAGAAUUAGUGCAGACUUUGAUAAUUUCCGGAAAAGAACUGAGAGGGAACGUCGUUCUCUUGUAACAAAUUCUCAAGGAGAGGUUGUAGAGAGUCUGUUACCCGCCAUAGAUAACUUUGAACGAGCAAAGACACAAAUCAAGGUGGAAAAUGAAGGAGAGGAGAGAAUAAACAACAGCUAUCAGAGCAUAUAUAAGCAGUUUGCCGAGAUCUUGACUUCUCUUGGUGUUGAGUCCGUAGAGCCAGUUGGGAAACCCUUUGAUCCCUUGGUCCAUGAAGCAAUAAUGCGUGAAGAAUCAAGUGAAUUCAAGGAAGAUACAAUAAUUGAGGAAUAUCGAAAGGGGUACAAACUUGGUGAGAGGCUUUUACGCCCUUCAAUGGUUAAAGUUUCAGCUGGUCCUGGACCUGAAGUCGUAGUUGAACCCGAGAUAACAGAAAAUGCUGAUGCUGUUCAAACAAGUGCCAACAGUAGCAGCACGGGAGCAGAAGAAAUUUCCGAAAACUAGUUAUAACUUUUGAGAAUUGAAUUAUGUUGUAUGGUUUCUCAUGUCUCUAGGGUUCUUGAGAAAAUCUAAGAAUUUUUGGAAAAUCAGUCACCAGAUUACUAUUGUUUCUAUUUAGUAAAUAGAAUACAACAAUUGAUGAUUUUUUCACUA